AUGGCCGCAGCUCUUCAGGACGUGGUGUCUGUGGUUGUCGAGGGGGGUGCUUCCAUGACGCCGAUGCAAGUCUUUGGAUGCCGCCCGGUCGCCGAACGUGAUUUGAUCUGGACAGAGCGGUCUGACUUGUGGUUGUCGUCAACGCGGACGUUUGCUGGGGUGACUCGCAAUGACGCGGCGCGAGUGACGGAGCGCAUGGCACGGCUGCGCGAGAUGUCGGAUUACGUCCUGUUGGACGCCAUCAGCGUGGGAACGUACUUGAAGAUGCUUCGAAGUGGCGGCCAUGAAGACUUGGAAAGGCACAUCCUUUGGAUAGUGUGCGCCUUCGAGCAACUUUGGGUGGCGGUGGCGCAACCAUUGGUGUUCACGGCCUUCAAGGGGCGUAUGAAGGCCCAGUGCCCUGGAUGGGUCGUGGACAUGGGGUUGAUUGCUCGACGAGGAGACGAGACGAUGUUGGAGUACAUCAGCAUUUUCGUCUUCUCGUUGGUGGGGCGAGGACGGGGUGGUCGGAACGGGAAGUGGCCGACGACGACUACGGAGUUGGCCAAUGCGCUGACUAACGUCGCGAUGAACCGUCACGGGAAGUACCAUCGUCUUCAAGGCGCCGUCGUCGCACGGAUCGCGACGCGCGUAGCAUGGCGGCGCGAUCAUGAGUUGCGGCAAAUCGACGACCUGAUUGCGUCCACCGAACGUCGACGAGUCGGUUGGGCUCCUGCGCGGCGGUUGGAAGACCGCGAGAGGGAAGACAGUCGGUCGACUGCGUGGGCGGCCGCGCCGGCAAGUCGGAAGGCGGCACGAUACUUUGAAGUGCAGGGGGAUCCAUAUGCGGGGUAUUAUCCCGCUCCGGCGCCGUUGCCGAACUUCGUCGGCCAAGAGGAGGACGGUGAAGAAGAGGAGCCGCGGGACGCGAGCGAGUGCUUCCAUCGUUGCAUCGUCGUUGGUAGAAGAAGUGUUAGGUAA